AUGGUGGAAAUAUCUAUUAGAAGUAUCCAGAACACCAACAUGAUCCUCUCCUCCUUGGCUUUAAUCAUCAUGGUGAUAGGAACCGUCACUGAUAAAUGGAUUGAAUUGAAGUUGGAAACAAAAACAAUCACAAUAAACCACAGUCCCUGGAUGAUAUGUUGCAUUACAAUUUGGCCAGAAGAUAAACUGGAAGUGGUCAGGAUCAUGAUGAUUUUGACUCUCAGUCUUUCCUUCCUCAUUAACUUGGUCCUGGGUAUGGAAUUCACCUACCUGAUUCCUCCAACCAACUAUGUCCACCUCAUCACUGCCUUCCUCAGUUUCCUCACAGGUAUUCUUCUACUCUCUGCACUCGUACUGUAUCACCAUAAGCUAAGGCAAGGUCAAUUCAUAUACUACUCUAGUUACAAGAUCACCUGGAUCCCUUACUCUGCCUACAUAAAUGUCACCUUCUUUGUUUCCUGUGGAAUCCUCUCUAUUCUAAACUAUUUGCAGUUGGUCAAGAGCUUUACCUGCUUCAACUUCAUCAACAAAUCUGUUAGAGAGUGUAACAAAGUAUGGCAAUCUGGGGAUUCUAUCAAAGUUAUUUCAUCAGUAGACCCCGCUAUAAUGCCUCGCAGCAUUGUGCGUCCAUACUCCAUGAGUCUAAAGGUCGAUGAUGUAGAGAAAUCACCACCAGUUCAAGCACGUCGUGUAACCUGGGCUCUAUGA